AUUUUUCGGAAGUUAGAGGAAACGUUGUAAAAUGGCGAAGCAUCAUCCUGAUUUGAUUUUUUGUAGAAAGCAGCCGGGUGUUGCUAUUGGAAGGUUAUGUGAAAAAUGUGAUGGAAAAUGUGUCAUAUGUGACUCCUAUGUCAGACCUUGCACACUUGUUAGAAUAUGUGAUGAGUGUAAUUACGGAUCUUAUCAAGGCAGAUGUGUCAUUUGUGGAGGGCCAGGGGUCUCAGAUGCAUACUAUUGCAAGGAAUGCACGAUCAUGGAAAAAGAUAGAGAUGGAUGCCCAAAGAUUGUAAAUCUAGGAAGUGCUAAAACAGAUUUGUUUUAUGAAAGAAAGAAAUACGGGUUUAAGAAAAGAUAGUAUAGAACUGAGGCAUUUUAUUUUUUCAUCUUUCUACCUACAUCAUCUUUUAAUCAUUAUGUUAUUGUUUGUAUAUGAAAAAUAAAAUAUGAACAAUUGUA